UCUCUCUCCUCCUCUCUCUCUUUUUUUUUCGAUCGCAAGUAGGAAGCUUUUUGCACUCCACCACCUCUGGCCGCUGGGAAGACGUCAUCGCUUCCGCCCCACUUCCUCCUCCUGUUGGCGGCGGUGAGAAUCCAAUAUGGAGUAAAUCGGUGGAGUCGAGAGAUGGGGCUCGGACGGGGCGUCCUGCACCGCCUCCCAGGCGCACCUCCCCCGACCGCCGACCGCUCCCCGGAACCGUGAUUGGCCCGGCCCCCCGGGGGCGACCCCGAAUCGAGCCCCCACCCGCGGCCGGCCCUCUCCUCUCAGCAGUCCCUGCCGCUUCACAGCGCGCUUGUUUUUCUCCUCUCCCUCACCGCCGUCCCCUGCCCAAACCUCUCCCCCUCCACCCGCUCCCGAGCCCCCGAAGCCCCCGCCCGCCCCGCGUCUCGGCGCUGCGGCGCUCUCUCGCUCCUCAGCUUUCCUUUGCACCCCUUCCCCCAAACCACCCCGUGCUCCGGUCGCCCUGCUUCCCCUUCUGCCUUUUGCGGCGCCCCCUUCAUCUCUAGCCGUCCCCCCUCCCCAACCAAAUCAGGCGAUCUCCGGAGAUGUGAAGACGGGGGUGAGCGGACAGGAAGAUGAAGGGAGCAAAGCUGCCCGCCCCGGGACAGGCGUCUAGGUGAACAGGAAAAUGACCGAAGAAACACACCCGGACGAUGACAGCUAUAUUGUGCGUGUCAAGGCUGUGGUUAUGACCAGAGAUGACUCCAGCGGGGGAUGGUUCCCACAGGAAGGAGGCGGGAUCAGUCGCGUGGGGGUCUGUAAGGUCAUGCACCCCGAAGGCAAUGGACGAAGCGGCUUUCUCAUCCAUGGUGAACGACAGAAAGACAAACUGGUGGUACUGGAAUGCUAUGUAAGAAAGGACUUGGUCUACACCAAAGCCAACCCAACCUUUCAUCAUUGGAAGGUCGACAAUAGGAAGUUUGGACUUACUUUUCAAAGUCCUGCUGAUGCUCGAGCCUUUGACAGGGGAGUGAGGAAAGCAAUCGAAGACCUUAUAGAAGGCUCGACCACAUCAUCUUCCACCAUCCAUAAUGAAGCUGAGCUUGGUGAUGACGACGUUUUUACGACAGCUACAGACAGUUCUUCUAACUCCUCUCAGAAGAGGGAACAACCUACUCGGACAAUCUCCUCUCCCACAGCCUGUGAGCCCCGGAGGAUUUAUACCCUGGGCCACCUCCACGACUCAUACCCCAUGGACCACUAUCACCUCGAACAGCCAAUGCCAAGGCCGUACCGCCAGGUGAGCUUCCCGGAAGACGACGAGGAGAUUGUGCGCAUCAACCCGCGGGAGAAGAUCUGGAUGACAGGCUACGAGGACUACCGGCACGCGCCCGUCAGGGGCAAGCACCUGGACCCCUCGGAGGACGCGGACUCCUACGUGCGCUUCGCCAAGGACGAGGUCCCCAAGCACGACUACAACUACCCCUACGUGGACUCCUCGGACUUCGGCCUCGGCGAGGACCCCAAAGGGCAUGGGGGCGGGGUGAUCAAGACCCAACCCUCCCGGGGCAAGUCCCGGCGGCGGAAGGAGGACGGGGAGCGCUCCCGGUGUGAGUAUUGCAGGGACAUGUUCAACCACGAGGAGAACCGGAGGGGCCACUGCCAGGACGCGCCCGACUCCGUGAGAACUUGCAUCCGCCGGGUGAGCUGUAUGUGGUGUGCGGACAGCAUGCUUUAUCACUGUAUGUCGGACCCCGAGGGCGACUAUACAGACCCGUGCUCGUGCGACACUAGCGACGAGAAGUUUUGCCUCCGGUGGAUGGCUCUUAUUGCCUUGUCUUUCUUGGCCCCCUGUAUGUGCUGUUACCUGCCCCUUCGGGCCUGCUACCACUGUGGAGUCAUGUGCAGGUGCUGUGGGGGGAAGCACAAAGCGGCCGUGUGACUCCGUGGCCCCCCACCCCUCCCCUAGCCACCGCCGCAAGGAAACUUGUCUCCUCCACACUCUCAUCUUCUCCCCUGCUCCCUGGGACCUGGAGGCGCCAUUCCAGCCUGGGAACCUUCCUGGUGGACUCUGGACUCCCCCAUCCAUCCAUCCAUGUGCACACACACCGUGUUCUAAGAAAAGGAACCUCUACAUAGUAGACUCUCUUGUAUUAGUAACAAUCUGUAGUCAAGCUGUCUUAUUCCUGUGUUGAUUUCCUGCCUUUCCUCCCCACCUCUUCCAGUUCAACCGCGCCUGCAGUCGGAACUGCUGAUUUGGGGUGGGUUUUGUAGUUGGUUUUUCCAAGAGCAUAGAAGACUUUCUCUUGGUUCAGCUUACCUGUGGCUAACGAGCACCAUCACGUUCCUGCAGACAUGUGAUGUCAGAAUGAUGACACCCAACCGGAAGUAUUUUAGCCUGCAGUCAGUUAUUAUGUAUAGGAGGUGAGCUAGUUAACAAACUUCUACAACAAAACAAGAUCGCUUUAACUUUUUUAAAGCCAAAUUUCCCAUGUAAGCUGCAAUUUCUGUCUUGAGCCCCUCAUUUUCUGCCCCUCCUCCCCAAAAUCUGUCAGUUAUUCACGAUGCAAAACCUUCACCUGUAAAAUGACUGAGAAUUGAGCCUUAACUUCAGAUUAACUUGUGAGAAUCAGGAAAAUUCCUUACACUGCAUCACAUCCUCUCGGGCCAGGGCUAGAAAGGGGAUGUCAGGUUUCUCUGAGCUUCCCCGGUACCCCGUAUGGUAGAACUUUUUAAAAUUGUGUCACCACUUCUAAAACUUGAGCAAUAUUAGAAACACUAAUGAAGUAAGAAAUUUUGCUCAUUGUUUUGCAAACCAAAUACUCUCUUCACAGUGUUCUCCGAACAAGUUCCAACUGAAAAACAGUUGGAGGGGAUUUUAAAUCAGUUGGGGGGGGCGGGGGGGAUUUUAAAUGUCAUAAAUUUGAAGAGUGGUGGGUUGCAUUUUGUUCGUGGGUUUGUUUUUGUUUUCAUUUUGAACUCAAUUUCACAUCACCAAGUUCAUUUAUACUUGGGAAAAAACAAGGCCAUAUGUAAAAACCCUCCCGAUGCCUAAGUGUCUUUCUCCUGCAACUCCAAACCCAGACUUGCCACUUUGUGUGCACAGAUGGUUAAUUCAGCAGGCUGGGUCUACCUGUCGCCUCGCCACAGAGGAGGCUCCUAAUUAGCUGGAAAAUCGUAUUUUUCUAAUCCAUUGCAAGGAAUAGCCAAAUCUUCUUAGGGCAGAAAGAAGAAAAGUGAAGAGUGGUUACCUGUCCCUAGCAUAGUACAAUCAGAACAUCGUGGAGAACACGGGGUGGGCUUGUCAACACUGGCUGUUCUUCCUGCCAUGAACUUCCUGUGGUAACUGCCAGCUGGGGGCAUGGCCUGAUCCCUCUCUCCCCACUUCCCCCACCCCUCCUCUAUUGCACCCAGGACAUCAGACUUCAAGGAAAGGGACUUUUUUCCAGUCCGCCAAUCACACUGGGAAAGUGCUGAAUCAUGCUUACCUUCGUGGGAAUGUUUUUGGUUCGUCGGAGAGCCUGCCGCAUUUCUUUAGUCAGAUCAUCGGUGUAAAUACCCACUGUGCUUAUGAGCUCGUUGGUAGAUGUUUUCAUUUAUCGGAGUGACUGGUUUGGGCCUUUCAGUCUGGAAAAGGAGCAGAGAGCUGUGAAUCUGGUGAUAGAAGAAAAGAGAACCGCUUCCCUGCCUGGAGAACAUCUAGAAAACCUCAGCCAGCCUCCAAACGUUGUGGAGACCAUCUUCCCCCACACCCUGAGGUUUUUCCUCAGUCUUUCUCAAGGUCUCCUCUCUACAAAGCACAACACUAAUGUAUGUUUUGUUAGACCUCAAUUCAAGGGCCCCUAUUUAUUUCAGUAAGAGUUCGCAUAUCCCAGCCGCUUUUUGUUUGUUGUCACUAUUUAGUUAUUUGUUUCUAUCUUCCCUUACCCACUUAUCCUUUUCCACCCCUUUGGGAAUUAUGCUAGUAAAUCUUUCUCCGCAUAUACUUUUUGGUUUAUGAAGGCAGCGGUUAAGGGCACAAGGACAGCCAUGGGGACAUUUAUGUAAAUACGACUCUCUCUAAUUGCCACACUGCAGCUGAACAGUGUGUAGUAUUUUCCCAGUCAGCUUUGCCAUACUGACGUCAAUCAUUUGAGAGAAAUUAUUCAGAUUUUAUUUUUGUAUCUGUGGUAACAAAACAUUAACCAAAAGAUUGUCUGUUUGGAAGCUUCCCCCGACCCCCCCAAGCUAUUUGCUCACAUUAACAAAUUAAAGUGCCUGAAGCAUAAUUCAUUCUUUACCUGUAUACUAAAAAUCCUGUUGUAUUGAUUUUUUUAUAAUAACCCUUUUUACCUCUGUGUAAAAAUAUAUAUACAAGUGUAUGAUGUACAUUUUAGUUCUUAACUUUUUUUUAUGGUUUCUAAUAUGUAUGACCAAUGUAGCCAUUGCUUUAAAAUGUACCAUGUAAAUAUAAACACAUCCUAUCAGA